AUGGUUCCCAAUACAAUUUUCGCGACCGCCUCAUUCCCAUCCACACCAUCUCAAUCUCCUUCUCCGAAUUAUCCUUCCAAUCUUCCAAUCAUAAAGAAGAAGAAAACCAGAGCCGGUCCCGAAAGGAUAUGCGCACAAUGCGGAACGAAAAAUACUCCAGAAUGGAGAAGUGGGCCGACUGGGUUGAGAAAUCUUUGUAACGCUUGCGGAUUGAGGUAUCGCAAAAACUUAAAAGGUCACUCUAGUCUUCAUAAAAACUGCAAACCUCUUCUUAAAAAAAGUAUCAAGCAUAUCUAG